AUGACAGACAGCUGAAAGAUCGAAUUAAUUCGCCCCCUGGGUGGGUCUCGCUCCCUGAUUGGUUGUUACACGCAGACACGGAAGUGAAGCUUCAGUACAGGCUGAGGGCGAGUUGGGACUGCGGGUGGGCAGUGAGUGGGGGGCGCCAUGUUUGGGGUUGGCGGCAAAGCCGGUUUUGGGAAUUCCUGAGGGGACUUUGGGAUAAUUUUGGGAUCCCUUUGGGAAUUUCGAGAUUCCCGGAGGGGCUUGGGAUCCUUCAAGGAUUUUGGAGUGGCCUGGGUGUGGUGUGCGUACUCCGAGACCCUCGUUAGGAGCUCCAUUGAGGGUAACCUCACAACACCGCCCUCACCUUCUCCCACAGCUUCAUCUUCCUUCGGGAUAUCCUUGGAUUCGGAGUUUCCCGGUUAUUCUCUCUAGUGGUUCUGAAUCCUGAGGGUGAAGCACGGAAAAACUCUCUAUGAACCGCAAAAAAUACUUGUAAGAGUAGCCCCCCAGAAUCCAUGGAUUCUCUCCUUCUCCUCUGCGCCCGCCGCAUCGUCGCCCAGCGCCCUCUUCCUGCCCUUCCUGCUGAUUUCUAUCCCGUCCUUUUCCAAGCGGCAUUCCUGGAUGGAAGAGCCCUGGUCCUGCAGGAUUUGGUGGCCACUUGGCCUUUCCCGGUGCUCAACUUCCAGCAGCUCCUGGGACACCUGGACUGUGCUGGGAUGAUCCCUACAUUGACUGUGUCCAAGCCGUCAUGCGGGCGUAUGCAGGAGCUGGUAGAACCCAGGCACCAAUCGAGCGGGUGCUGGCUGCAUGUUCUGGACAUGACAGCAGUUAUGGAUGACCCAGAGUGGAGGAGCGAGUGGACCAGCACAAAGGCUUUGGCCAGGGCUUGUGUGGAGGUGUCCAGGCACCAGCAGAAAUUCCAGAGGCGAGGAUCCAAGAGGCACAGUGGAUGCUCUGGAGCCACCACCGGUGAGGCUACUCCGCGUCCCCCGGGCAUGGACGUCCACGCCGACCUGGUCAUUGACAGAAUUGCCUAUGGGUUCCUGUGUGAGGCGCUCCAGCCCGGAGCUGUUGGCCUGCUGCGCCUCAAAUGCCGUGAAUUCCAAGCAGUGAACAUCUCAGCAUUAGAGAUCGUGACUUUGUUGGAAUCUCUGGAUCCCUCCUGUCUGCGGAGAGUGGAACUACCUGUCUAUUUGGGACUGGCAGACCUCUUGAUGAUCCUGCCGCACCUCUCGCGUUUCCCGGAGCUGCGCAGCCUCAAGGUCCGGUACAGCAAAUUGGACCUGGAGCACCUGACGCCAGAAUCAGCCAUCAGACUCCGCUGCGUGGCCCGGCAGCUGGGAAUGCUGAGCGGACUCCGAGAGCUCAACCUGAAUUCCACCAGGCUCUCUGGGAAUCUGCACCAGAUCCUCUGCGACCUCCAGGCUCCGUUGGAAAGCUUGGAUUUGGGCAACUGCUGCCUUGUUCCUGACGACCUCACCUUCCUCUCCCAAAGCAUCCACGCUCCGGCCCUCAAAAGGUUGGAUCUUUGGGACUUCAACAUCUCCCAAGAUCUCUUGGAGCCAUUCCGGCUGCUCCUGGAGGAAGCCUCGGCCUCGCUGCUGCACCUGGAUCUCACUCAUGGCCGCAUGGACGACUCUCACCUGGCCGCGCUGCUCCCGACGCUCCUGUGCUGCUCCCGCCUGCGCUUCCUGGGACUCUACGGCACAUCUCUGUCCAUGGCCAUGAUCAAGAAUCUGCUCCAAAAAACCUUGAAGCUGCCAGAUCUCCACCUGGUCGCGUAUCCCAUCCCCGAGGAUUGCUACAAAUGGGACCAAACAAAAUUCGAUCGGAAUAUAUUUUUUAAGUUUGUGGAUUGGGAGCUUUUGUCAGCAGCCGAGGAGGACAUUUCCCAGCUGCUGGCAAAUUCCGGGAGAACCGACCUCGUCUGGACUUUCAGAACCUUUGACCAUGGAGCCCUGGACUUCUUCUCCUUGUGAUUUGGGAAAACCUGAGAGGCAGGAAAAGCUCAGAGCUUCCAUCGCAGAAAAGCGUCCCCACCUCCUUCCUGAAAUCUGUGUUUUCUGCCACAUCCCAGUGCUUUUCUGCCUCAUCCCAGUAGUUCUUUUUCCUUCAUUUUGGUGCUUUUCUGCGUGGUUUUGUUAGCUUUCUCCAUCAUCCUUAUGUUUUUCACACCUCUCCCAAAAUUUCUCCCUGGUUUUCUAGUUUUCUGGUUGUUUUUUUUUUUUUUGAGGUUUUUCCUCCCCAUCUCGAGAGUUUUUCCUUCAUCUCAAUAUUUUCCCCCUCAUCCCAGCAUUUUUCUGCCUUUCACAGUAUUUUUACCCCAAUUUCAUUAUUUCUCCUGGCAUUUUUUCAGCUUCUCCUUGUUUUUUUCUGCCUCAUCCCAGUAUUUCUCAAUCCCAUGUCAUCAUUUUUCCAUCCAAUCCUGGUGUUUUUUCUACCAGGAUUGGCUUUGUAAGGCCAAAUUCCAGGAGACUCCAAGGUUGGAUUCCACGGGAAGCUGCCAGAAGAGUCUCCUGUGUCUAGCUGAUCCCUUUGGGAACAGCGGCAAUACCUCUGGAAUAAGAAUUGAGUCAGAAGCAACCAGUCAUUGCACAGCUGGAAUUCAGGAACAGGAAUUUGGGAAAGGAGCAAUUCCGGAGACAAUUCCAAAGUGCUGGAGUGGAAAUACCCAAAAUUCCUUGGUGCAUCCAAAGGGAAGCUCAUCCUGGAGCUCGAUAUUAGGAGGGAUCUGCGGAUCCAUGGAAAAAGGAGUAGAUUCCUGGCACGAAUCCCAUGGUGGAAAAAACCUCUGGAGCAGGAUAUUCCUGACGGAUUGAUCCCUUGGAAAAGACCAUGAGGAGUUGUCUUCCAUGGGAAUGACACACUGGAGAAAUCCAUGGAAAACUCUUGCCAUGAAAGGGAUUUGCAAUACAAAAUGCCUUGAAAAACUGAUUUUGGGAUGGAUUCACAGAGAAAUCCAUGGAAAACUCCCCUGGGAUGGUCCCAGCUCCCAGUGCUGCUGGAGGGAUUAAGGGAAAGCUGAGAAAGAGUGAAUUGAGGGUGGGAAAAGUUGGAUUUGAGGUCUUUUUAUGCUGCUCUGAUCCUGUUGGGAAGAAACUCAUCCUAUCCCAGAUCCUGAGUCAGUAGCGCCUAGACAGGAUUUACAGAGAGAUCUUUCCCAAUCCUGAUACCGAUCCAUGAAUCUUCCAGGUUUUCCUUCAUUGCCACCUUAUUUUGGAGUUUUCCCACCUAAUCAUGGUGGUUUUCCACCUCAUUCUGAGUUUUUUUCACUUUUUAGCUCUGUUUUCCUGUGGGAAUCCUUAAAAUCAGAGGGUUUUGGGAAAGCUGCAAAAAAGCCUCAGAGACAACAGAACUGCAAUUAGAGCUAAGCUGAAAGCAUAAGGCAUGUCAGCAGAAAAGUUCUAUGAGAUGCAGAAAGCAAAUACAAAUAGAACAAUGGUCUGUGAAUUAACUCUUGGCUAGAAUAACUCUCUAAGCUGCAGAAAAGAUAUCUAGCAAGAUAUUAGGAAGAUCUAAGCUUAAUAAUGGAGCUCAGUGCAUUGUAUUUUAAAGCUUACAUCAGGUAUUGUAUUUGAAAGAAGCAAGCAUUGAUUUAACCAAAGGUACAUGUACUUACAGUGGUUGGAUAGAACUACUGUCAAUAUGCUUUUGCUUUGGUGCUUGGUCAAAAAACUUUCAAAGUUCCUUGUAACAUCACAUUCUCUGGCUGUUGCCAAGGACAUGAGCUGCUGGCAUCUUCCCUCUGUCCCAUCCAUGUAAUGAGUCUGAUGGUUGGGUAAGAAAAACAAAUAAUAAAGCAGCUCGAGACGCGUUCCACAG